AUGGGAGACUUCAGACAAACCUGGCAUAGGCUGAAAGCUUAUUCAGCGAGGUAUCUUUGCAAACGUCAUUUUACUGAAUUUCCCUCCGCAUGGCAUUUAUUCCUUCUCUUAUAUGUGAUCUUUCUCAUAUCCUCUAUAGAAUCUAUAGAUACGGCAAGUGCACAUCCUGUUGAUAGUCAUUCAACAACGCUGAAUGCUGCAUUUGCGACCCAGAACAAACUGUGUUCGAUGGACCAUGUUAAUGGCCAAGGAAGUUAUCGACAUUUGGUCAGUACGUUAACAGGUGUUGAUCUGGGUGCAUUUGGAAAAAGCAAAAGAAUGUACACGGGCUUCAAGUUUCACAAAGUGUAUUAUUUUGAAAGUUUGUUCAAACGGGUACGGCCCUCAUUGCAGAUGUCCUACUGCAAUCGUGGCAAGUUAAGGUGGCAGGCGUUUCAGCAUUAUAGUUCAGACAUUAGUUGGAAUAAACCUUUGUGCGUUUAUACUCCCAAGGAGACUAUAUGGGCCGGGGAUCAUAAAAAACACUGGAAAUGGUUCAAUCUACCUAAAAAGACCACCCCUCAAAAGAAGCUGGAAUCAGGAACAAGUCUGAAAGAAAUGGCUCAUAAUGACAUUGACAACUUCCAUUGCUUCAAGCUUGCCCGCCGUGAAAAAUACGCACAUCGCAAUGUAUCCUUGUACCUACCGAAUAAGUGGAUUGGUGGUCUUUUUUAUUGUCGCCUCAACCAGACCACGAAGUACUCAGUCUUGGAACGACUGAGCGAUGAUCUAGGAACAUUUGAUGGUGACUAUUAUCCCCUUUGUAGUUUGGACACAGCCAUUCCUCUCGAACCUUUGAUAUCAGAUAGCUAUUGGAGACAAUGGACCGAAGUAAAACCUGGCUCAAAAGUGCCUGUGCUUCGAAGAAUUUCGAGGACAAACAUGAAGAAGAUUUUGCCUUAUAUGCACACACCUAUCGGUGACGCCAACACAGGGAAUUUUAGCAUUGCGUCCAUGAUCAGCACUAACAUUACAUCUGAAGGGCCAACUUCCAUGUGGAAAUCACUUAUGGACUGGCGUCCAAGCACGUUGCCCACCAAUCAACGCUGGUUUGCUGAUAUUGAACCUGAUGAGUUGUAUAUUUAUAACGAAGACUACAGACCAUCGUUGUCAGAUCAUGUAGGAAGCGCGAUCAACAAGUUUGAAGACGUUUUGAACCGGGCCCAAUUUCGUGGUAUCAACACAAUUUGA